CGGAAAAAACUGCAGCGAAGCGGACAAGCAUUCGUCGUGUCCCUACUCUGUCUAAUCCCCGAGCUCGAGCCAGCGCGAGUUAGAUUAAUGGCCCUUUCGCGCCGGGGACUGGAUGUGUUUAGCUAUAUUGCGCGCAGCUACACGCGAGCGCUACUUUUGUCGUCUCGAAUGCCAGGGGAAGGAAUGGAGGCACGAAUAAUAACUGCGAAAUCGAUUUCUCAGAUGGGAGGCCUGCGGAUGUUUACGAGUGCGCGAACUUCAUAAAUCGAUCGCAAUGCGAUGCUCGUUCGUCGUAACAUUGUGUAAUUAGCCUUAAUUAACUAUCGUACAGCGGCGGUCAUCAACGAAGUGUAACGCAAACUUAAUUGGAUGAUUUUGGGUUGUAAUCGUGAUUUGAACCCGUUAAAACUUGCUCGACUCGUGCGUGUCCAUAUUUUGCUCAUAAUGGGCUCGAUUAGGGAGGUCCAUGCGGUAAUUAGCUAAAGCGCUUACCCCUUAUUAGCUUUUCUCUGCCUCGGUACAUUACCUGCUGGAAACAUCGCGGGGGUUAACCAACGUAAGAUGAUGAAAAAAUAUAAUGCAUUCACAACGUCAACUCUCUAAGAUGAUAUCUGCAUUUUUUUGUUCUUAAAACUAACAUUUGAAUUAUCAAAGUCUGCGACUCGAGCUCUGGCAGUUAACGCUCCCUAAUGGAUGCGCGGUAAAAUAUUAGCAAAAAGCUCGCGGCAGUAUCCCGCCCGCCCGGUGAGUGACGCUCACUCGCUUAUACUUUCGCCUCACAAUUUUGCAAGCAAACAAAUAAACGCGCAAAUAACUCGCUGUGCACUUUACGCUUAAAGUAUUUUUAGCAAAUGUUGGAGCUGCGGGAAUCGGGCAAAUGUCCGCGUUAACUUCGUUCCCAGGUUUGUUGUGCUGCAAGGUCAAAUUCGCGUCUGACUGGCAUUCUGCUUCGUCAUUUUACUGGCCCUGGUAAAACAAGUAAUGUCAAGCCAGGCUGUCUCUCGAGAAGGUAUUUAUGUAAGUAGUGCGCGGAAAAUAAAUUUUUAUUAAAAAUCAAAUUGUAUUAUCAUCCUCGUUCCAUAAACAUCGAGCUUUUCGCGUAACGCACUUAACGGCCGUAAGGGGGAAAAUUGCCUGGAAGAGGUGUUCAGCGCGCUUGCAGUAAUACAUUUUACAGAUUCGUGGAACACUGUAUUACGUUACACUGAUGCACGCGCAAUGUUUAAUAAUUAAAUUGAAAUGCUCGAAAUUGAAAAACUCGGGGAAAGCUUCCAAUCCAGCCGAAAACGCGCUCCACCAUUGUCCCGAUAAAGCCGCUGCACACUCGGCCUGUUCAUCAUCGGUACUGCAGCCUUCGCUCUCGACCAAAAGGGGUAAUAUAAAGCCUUGUAGUCCUGCGAAACAGUCACAGCUGCAGCUGCUGCUGCACCAAAAGAGUCGAGCGCUGGCGUGUCGCUGGCAUAAAACGGAAAUUUCAUGGUUGUAGGGCACACACGCUGACGGGGGCUUAGGGUCCGGUUCAGCGAAGGCGCAGAAUGGAGCCUGCGUUAUUCCUCGGCGUAUUUUCAAUUUUCAUAGAUGGGCGCAGUGCAGUUGAGCUAUCAAAAGCUGGAAUUAUAUUCCAUCCUUUCAUAUUAUCGUCUUCCAUUUGCAAAAAUCUUUUGUCGAAAUAAAUAUCAUGACUCACCGCUUCCCGGUAUAAUUCAUUCGUCUCGCCCUGCGGCCAAAACGAGAGAUAUCCGGCCGACAUUACACCUCUACAUCAGUCGCGCUCUCCAUCUAUUUUUAAGUUCGCUUUCCGUCGGGCCGCGAGUGGGAAUUGUAGGUGCGCCGGCGCGACAUUAUUUUCAGGUGAAGACGGAAUACGAAGACUGCCGCGUCUGGGGACGCACGCGAAAUUGCUACUUUUUCCUUUCCCAAUGUGUCGGAGGAUGAUGAGGCUGCCCGGUAGAGAAGAAUUAAUUGGACCCACGCGAGAGAUGCGAGAAAGAGAAUGUAAAUGAUACGAAAUAAACAGUCCUUGCAUCGGUCUUGGGAUCCUAUCGAGCUCGCAAAUACACUGCAGAAUCCGAUGUAAAUGCGUUUUCAGAGAAUUCCGCCUCGACCUUGAGAAUAUCCGAGUCCAAAUAUUUCGACGACUCGACUCGAAGAGAGCUGAGCAGGCAUCAUAUAUUUUUAGCGAGAAUCUCGCGUUUGAGUGACGGUCGCAGUUCAAAACAGUGAAAUUUCGAGUGUAAAACGCACCUGGCAGCCGUUUUCCGCUUCCUAACUUUUCUGCGCGGAGUCUUAUUUCGGCCGAGAAGGAGAAUACCGAUGAAGCGCGCGCAGAACUUUCGAGAGACGAGAAAAGAUACAUGCGCGCGGCGGCUCCGCGUGUGUAAUGCUUGUGACGAGAGGCGCCGGAAUUUGAAAAGUUGCGCUUGAUCAGCGGCUUACACAAGUUUUUUUGAAUUAAACGAGCUAGCGAUAUUGAUCUUUCCUCUGCAAUGAGAACGUCGGCAUAAAUCUCGAAGAAGUCUGCCAGCGGAUCUGAGUGUAAUUUUCUACAUCAUCGUGCGCGCACGCGCGCCUACGAGCGGCUACGUUCUCGCGCACGAGUCGGAAAACUUUGAUCUCGUCUUUCUUUUUCACUCUUCCCCCGUCACUCGAUGGAAUAUUCGAAAUCCCUUUUCGACUUUACAUCGCUCGCGUGUAUGCUGCUCUAAAAUCGCGCGCCUCUCGCACCUCCUCAAACAUUAACAUGACGGAAAGUAUAUCGAUGCUGAUUCGAUCCGGGUACAUUCCGUAUUCCUCCAGCUCGCCCGGCUCCCACUCGAAAAUCCGACAAAGCUGGCGCACUUACGAAUACAACUCUCGCGGGCUCGGGCGCAUUUUUCCCGGCCGAGUCUUCAUCUCAUUUUCAUGAAGCCGCCGUGCGCCAGAGCUCGUGAGAAAAAUCGCGGACUUUCUGAGAACUGUAAACAUCCGCGCCGAAAUUGUAUAAGCACCGGCUGCAGAAGAGAAAUGGAGGAAAAAAAGAAAGUGCUUUUUUCUUCCUCUCGCGAGUUUGAAGUUUUGCUAUACGUACGCCGCGAAAGUUUUGUUGCGGUCGGCUCUUAAUCGGGAAGAUGAGAUAAGUGGGAUGAGAUUUUCUUACGCGAAGCAAUUCAUUUGCACCUGUUAAUUAAGACUUUGCGGGAUGAGAUCACUCCUGCGGUGUCGGGUGCAGCCCCGCGUCUUUUUAUUCGGUUUCCCGGUAAUAAUUCAAUUUUUGAUUGUCGACGGACACGGGAUACUGGUCCAGCGCAGUUUAAUUAAAGCGCUCGCGCUGCACGCGCGGUCGGGAUGAAGAUUUUCCAUCGAUUCAUAUCCAAGAAGCCGUACUACGUAUUGCGAGAGGUAACCCGACCCGAAAAAUUUCAAACGAUCGAUUCGGUGAUGCAACUUUCAGAUAUAGCUAUAUCAGAUAGCUUUUAAUUAAAUUUGCUGCGAUGAUUUGCCUCGAGGAAUUCCUUUAAUAAAGAUUCGAAGGGGUGAAAUUCCGCUUUAAUUGAAGAGCCUUCGCGUUAGUAAGCAAUAGUAAUUAAACCUAGAGUAGCAGCAAAAUACUCGCCGCAGUUUUCAAAACUGAUUCAGCAUGGCAAUGUGCUGUAGUAUAAGUAGAAGCCAAAGUAGAAGAAAUGCAGAAAUCAGAUCCGCGCGCAGUGAAGUCCGACAAAUAACCCGAACAAUCGGCCUGUAAUUAAUCCAAAUCAAAAGGGAUGCAGCGGUGUCUAAUGAAUAGUCGGGCAAAACAAUAAAUCAGUCUAAUUGAAACGAAGCCCGCCGCCGGUCCUUAGCUCUAGCUUAUACGUGCACGCGGGGUGCGGAGAGCGAAAACUUUUCCUCCCUUCCCGCUCGUUUCUCUCUCUCUCUCUCUCUCUCUCUCUCUCUCUCUCUCUCUCUCUCUCUCUCUCUCGCCGAACUUUCGCUUCUCAGCUGUACACGGAGGCGGCGGCGGUCUGUCUCCCGACUCAAAGAAAAGCGCGCCUCGUCCUGCCGUUCUACUCUCUUCUUAUUGAAGCUGGCUGCUGAGAUCGGACACGAAGCGGCGCGUCGGCGUCCCGCUCUUCAGCCGUAUCAGCAAGAGGCCGCGGCGCGAGGAAGCCCCUUGCUACGGAAGUCGGCCGCGUGAUCGUGCACCGUCUGCUGGGCCUCUGCGGCCGGGCCGCCAUGGCGGACAACAACGGCAGCGACGGCGCCAGCAAGGACGCCGAGGUGACGGCGACAGCGCCGCCCACGCCGCCGGACAACUGCGGCGGCAGCGCCAAGCAGCGCCAGCUCAUCAGCAGGAGCAGCAACAACGAGAGCCUCGUGAGGAAGGUCCUCCAGCAGCAGUCCGCCGCCGAGUCCGGGCGGCCCGCCGACAGGCGAGAGUCUCACCGGCCGAGCGUAUCCGAGACCGGAUUGAUAUACAGUCAAAGGGCAUUCAAAAAGUCGUCGCAGAACGGCAAGCUCACCCUUUACCUGGCCAGCCGGGACCUCGUCGUCACCGCCGGCAAGAUCGAUAAGCUCCAAGGCGUCCUGCUGAUCGAUCCCGAGAUCCUCCAGAACAAAAAGGUUUACGGCCAGGUGACGUUGACCUUUCGCUACGGCCGGGAGGACGAAGAGGUAAUGGGCCUGAAAUUCUGCAACGAGGCCAUCAUGUCCCUCGCUCAACUCUACCCGCCUUAUUAUCCGGCGGAUCGUCAGGAGCCGACCACGCCGUUUCAGGAAGUCCUGGUGAAGAGGUUUCACCCGAACGCUCACCCUUUCACGAUGGCAGUGACCCCUUUGGCGCCGCCCUCGGUUCAACUGGUGCCGGCCAAGGAGUACAAUGGAGCGCCUAUCGGCACUAGCUACGACGUUCGAGUUUACGCAGCCGAGCGGCCGGACGAGAAGCUCACACGCAAGAUGCAGAUCAUCAAGAUGGGCAUCCGCGUUAUUCAAGGCGCGAACACGCCGCCGCCCUCGAGGGGCAUUCUGCCGACGUCGGUCAGCACCGAGUCGGCCCCCGGAACGCCCUCGGCGCCCAGGGGCAAGCCGCAGCGGGCCAAAAGCGCCAGCGCCGCCGAGGACGUGAACGAGAUCAAGCCCGACGAGGCGGAUCCGCCGAUUCCCCACGCGGUGGUGGAGAAGCAAUUUCUGCUGAGCGACGGCAGAGUCAGGCUGGAGGCGAGCCUCGACCGGGCGAUCUACGGACACGGCGACGCGAUCACGGUGCGCGUCCACGUCACCAACAACAGCGGCAAGUCCGUCAAGAGAAUCGAGGCGGACAUAGUGCAGCACGUGGACGUGUGCAUGUUCAGCAACGGCAAGUUCAAGAACAUCGUGGCGCAGAUGUCGUCGCGCGAGGGCUGCCCCGUGGAGCCGGGCUUCAGCCUCACGCGCAGCUACAUCCUCAGGCCGGAGAAGGGCUCGACCAAGAACUGGAUCGCUCUGGAGGACGACCCGGGCUACGCCAAGUCCGGGGCGAAUCUCGCCUCGACCGUCCUCUGCUCGGGCAGCUCGCCCGAGGACCGGAACGUCUUCGCCAUCUACGUCUCCUACUACGUCAAGACGGGGGUGAUUGAUCGGCUCGCCGGCGCCGCAGGUGAAGAUCGUGGUGUCGCCGAUCGGCGAGUGGAUCGGCGGCGUGGUGUCCCUGAAGCUGCCGUUCACGCUGAUGCACAGCAACACGGACCCGGAGCUCUACGGCACGCCGUCGUCGCCGCUGCGCGCUGGCUCGCGCAUCCUCGACAAGAUCGAGACGGUCGACGACCCGAGCGAGGACCCGCUGCCGUUCAUCGACAAGGACAGCACCAGCGACGAGGAGGGCGGAGACGGCGGGGAGCAGCCGGGGCUGUCGAUACUGAACCGGCCGGUCCCGACGACGACGCUGGCGACGAUCGCCAAGCUGACCACGGCCCCCGGCAUCGAGACGACGAGCCUGCAGACAACGAACAAGGAGGCGGACCUGAUCGAGCACUGCUCCGAGGAGGCCGGCGGAAGAGGCAGCCUCGAGGAGGAGGCCGCCGCCGCCGCCGCCACCUGAGAAGAGCUGCCGGGGGCCGUGUCGGUGAGCGAGGCCCGCAGCCCGAGGGAGCUCGCGCUGCCGCUGGCCACGAGGACCUACAGCCCCGGCCGGGGCUGCAAGCGGGGCUUCGGCAUUCAGCGGGCCUGGUGCUGCUUCCGGCGAGCCUCCUAGUCCUCCUAGCGGACUCAUCGCGCUCGUGCGCGGCCCGACUGCUGGACGGCUCGCGCUGCGGCACUCGCGAUGACUCUCGCGCGGGCUGCUCAACGAGUACCUGUCGUCCGAGAAGCGCGCGCGCGCGCUUGUUACGCAAAAUACCUCGAUGGUUGUGCAAAGCUCGCCCGGAUGAAACAGCCCGGCGGCAGCGGAGCGUCUAGUUUCAAAGUCCGCGCCCAAGUCGAACAACGCGCCUGUGCGGACGAAUAACGAGGGAGCCUCGGAAAAUUGAGAGCGAACGUCCGUAUUUUACAAAGCUUAAACAAAACUGAUGAUGGCUUAUUUUGAGGAAGGUUCUCGUCUUUUGCACACGGACUUUGAAACCAAAUGACUCGGAUGAUGAAAUAGUGUCAACAUACAAUACAAAAAAAUAUAUAAGAAGGAUGUAGUCGUUUUGAUUCCCCUCAUGAGUUCAACUCUUAAUGUACAGUUUUUUACGAAUUACGUUCAGAACUAGAAAAACUUAUGAUAAAACCAAUAUUUUUUCUGACGCUGAUCUUGUCAAUUAACCGGGUUCACUUUUUAUUUCGGCGGGCAACAAUACGGGUUCCUGUUGUUAUUUACAUUUAUUUUCUUAUUCGGCGCAUAAACUGUAAAUAUAAUCAUUUUGAAGCAGCUUCUCGAAUCGAGUCUUAUUGUAUUUCGUUCAUUUUGUUAUUUGUCAAUCAGCUUCGUUGUAGUCUUGUUAUAGAACAGUAUACGCUUAAUACGUGUUGAUGAAAAUAAAUAUUGGAAAUAUAAGCGUUUCUCAGAGAAAAUUUUUUCAUUCCAAGCAAUACCUUCCUUAUGCAAUGACGGCACAUAACAGUUUGUAUGCGAAACCAUGAAUAAAGAUAAAUUUUUUUAACCUCUGAAUUUCGCCUCUGAAUAUGUUACGCACAGGAUUUCGUUCUUACAGAUGUCCCGAAACUAAAUCACGACAAAAAAGUCAAUUUACUCUUCUAAAGAUAAUGUUCCAAACAGAUUAAACCAACAAGACCGAAAUGCGUGAAUUUGUACAGCUGAUGGACUAUCGAAUUGUGCAAUAAAAAAAAUUCACAUUCAAAUAAAUCAAUAGAAUCACGCUCUAAUAUGCAAUUCACAACGUAGACCACAAAUCUGAUCAUUUCUACGAGCAAAGUUUUUACAUUCAAUUUUUUACAUCAAACUCUGCUUCAUUUUUGGAAUUUACUUCUACAAAUUCAUAAUUUACGAAAUAUUUAUGUAUAUAUGACUAAUUUAGCAAUGUUUGCUUUUAUUGGUAUGAUUGGGUAGCUUGAAGAUAUCAGUGAAAAAAAUUGUAACUGCCAUUCAAGAAUGUUGGAUUUUUGCAUGAGUGUUAGUCGGUUUAACACAAAAAUUUUAUGAAGUGUUUAUAUCACUUACGUACAAAUAAAACUGUGUAUAAUUCAAUCACUAUAUGUAAAUAGUUUAGGAUCAUAUUAAGAACAGAUUUGAUUUUUAUCGUUUCCUAAAACCUAAUUUAUACAGUAUUGUGAAAUUAAAAUUAUUUGUACUCUUAAACGUUUGGUUUUGUAUAAAAAAAGUUCUAUAAUUCAAUAAAAAUUAUUAUUCUUAUUAUUAUUAUUAAA